ACAGACUCGCUGUGGAAGAGACGCUUGGGAAAAUGAACUCCUGAAUAGCUGUCAAGAUUAACACAGAAAAACGUCUAAAAGACACACACGAAACUGUGACUACAUACGCGAAUUCAUCGACACGUAUAAUAAGUUGGAUCUGACAUCUUGGCCAUAGUGAAUCUGAGCAGUGAUGGAGGGUCAGGAUAAUGCAGAUCAAGGUGGCAGUGAACAGUCUGAAAUACAGCGCUUGAGACAGCUGGAUCGUCUGGCCAGAGAGGAGGCCUUCUACCAGUUUGUCAACAAUCUGAGUGAGGAGGACUACAGACUCAUGAGAGAUAACAAUCUGCUUGGCACCCCUGGUGAAAUUACAUUAGAAGAACUGUCAAGUCGUCUUCGGCAAAUUAAGGAUGGUCCUGAGACGCCCAGCAAUGGCACCAUUGAGGACAGAAGUGAAGGUCCUAGUGCAACAGAGUCAGAUGGCACUGAGGAAAACCCCAGUGGGGAGACCCUUCUGGACUGGCUUAACACAGUACGACAGACAGGUAAUACGACAAGAAGUGGGAACCGGGGUAACCAGUCAUGGCGGGCUGUAAGCCAAACUAAUCCCAACAGCGGAGAUUUCCGUUUCAGUUUGGAGAUCAAUGUCAAUCGCAACCUAGCUGAACAGCAAACGCAGACAGAGAGACUGGAAGGUGGCCAGGAACAACCAGAUGGCCCAAUGUCUGAGCCUGAUAGUCUAAUGGACACUACCGAGGUGGUUGUGGAACCAGUGGUGAAUGAGUUGGCUGUUAUAGUAGAGCCAGAUCUGCAAGUUCCCAGCACCCAAUCUUUAAACCGGGAAGUUAGUGUGCAUAAUCCCCCGACUUCAGCUCCCCCGACUUUAGUUCCCCCGACUUUAGUUCCCCCGACUUUAGUUCCCCCGACUUUAGCUCCCCCAAAUUUAGCUCCCCCAUCUUCAGCUCCGCCAACUUUAGCUCCCCCAUCUUCAGCUCCGCCAACUUUAGCUCCCCCAUCUUUAGCCCCCCCAACUUUAGCCCCUCCAACUUUAGCUCCCCCAACUUUAGCUCCCCCAAUCUUAACUCCCAGAACCUCAACUUCCCCAACCUUGCCAUCAGUGGAGCAACAACGCAGGGGUCAAGUAAGAGCUCGCAGCAGAAGCCCAGAGCAGCGACGGACGAGGGCUCGCACUACAAGAGGUCGUUCGCCUCUUAACCUUGAAAGAUUGGAUGGACUUCCUCCUACUCAGCAUGGCCUACCUACUCGCAAUUCGGAGACCCUUUCUGAGCCCCAGGUGGAGGGCAGCUCAAGGACUCGGCAACUGUUUUUGUCCCGGCAGAGUACUGUAGAAGCUGAACCUCAAGAAAAUGUACCUGAAGUCCCAGAGGCACCACAGGAAAGAGAGGCACUUGCUGGAGAAGCAGGAGCUUCAGGUCGACGUCCUCCAACAAUAAUGCUGGACUUGCAGGUGCGUAGGGUACGUCCCGGAGAGUACCGCCAAAGAGACAGCAUUGCGAACCGGACAAGGUCUCGAUCACAGACCUCCAAUAACACUUUAUUAUAUGAGACUGAGCGUGGGGGCUUCCGCCGAACCUUCUCCCGUUCUGAACGAGCAGGAGUGAGGACAUACGUCAGUACCAUCCGCAUUCCCAUUCGCAGGAUCUCAGAUGCUGGACUUGGGGAAGCCACUUCUAUGGCUCUGCAGUCCAUGAUUCGGCAGAUCAUGACUGGGUUUGGGGAACUUAGCUACUUUAUGGACUCAGACUACUCUGACUCGAGCCGUGAAGACAACCCAUCAGCAGACCUUGCGGAUGCACUGGGCAAUCCUGAUGCUUCUACUGAAAUGGCUUCUUCUGAAGCAGAUUCCUUUGUUCCUGGAGCUGGAAGCUCCGAUCAGGAAGGUUUGGAAGCACGGACAGAGGAGAGGGAAGUGGAAGGUGGAGUGCCUGGCUCUGCAACUUCUCGGGAGAACCGAGCCAGACCACGUGCACCCAUUAGCCUGGACGAGACUGGAUCUCUGCCCUUUCUGCGACUCGCACACUUCUUCUUGCUCAACGAGGAUGAUGAUGACCAGCCCAGAGGCCUCACCAAAGAACAGAUUGACAACCUCUCAACGCGAAACUUUGGCGAGAACGAUGCGCUCAAAACCUGCAGCGUCUGCAUCACGGAGUAUGCCGAAGGCAACAAGUUGCGGAAGUUGCCCUGCUCGCAUGAGUACCAUGUGCACUGUAUUGACCGCUGGCUUUCAGAGAACUCAACCUGCCCCAUCUGCCGCAGGGCGGUUCUUGUUUCCACCAACCGAGAAAGUGUCGUCUAGCCAAAAUUGGUUCUGUGAAACUCCAUGUUUCUUGCCUCUCUUUCCUUCCAUUUACAUUUAGUUCCUAGUUAUGUGAGGAUAUGCAGAAUUUUCAGUACAUCCUAAAUGAAUCCAUCAAGUUUUACCAGAUUUGCUGGAGUUGGCCAAGAACAAGUUUGUUUUCAAACUACAAAUGAGUGUAUUUUGACAUCUUGCUCUGAAAUUAAUUUUGAUGCAAGACAAAACAGACUGCUAGACCAUGCUGCAAGCCCUGAUCAUUCACUUGUAAGAUCAACAAUGUCAUUCAACAAAGUUAUAUAAUGGACUAUGUACAUGUAUGUACAAUGUACAUACACUUUCAUACAUUUGAAAUGUAGUAUUCCAUAUCAGAUUCCAACAAAACAACCUAUUAAAUAAAACGUAAAAAUUUGAAAACACCUGCAAGUUUAAAGAAUUGUGACUUGUAAGCAAACGUAAAUCACAUACAUCAAAUGCAGUUGAAUUGGAAAAUAGUGCAGUAGUAAAUUAAGCAAUUAUUUUUGCUUCAUACAGUGUUGGUUGUGUUUCAGUAUGAAAGCAUGAUCUGUUUUGUACCAGUUCCCCCAUUCUCAUAAAUUUCCACGUGAAGAUAAACGGUAUGAAAUUUCAAGCAGUAGUUCUGAAUGAAUGUGUGUCAUCCUGUACAGAAUUGAAUAGGAUGUGAUAUUUUUAUGUUCUGUUAUGCUGGUUUUUAAACCAUAUGGUCAGACACUUUCCAAACACAAAAAUAGGCUGUAAAUAUGCUACACAGAUGCAUCAUUUUGUUUUCCCCAUCUUUCCAAAAUUUGACCAUUAUAUCAGAUGGCUGACUCGAACAAGUGUAUUUCAUAUAUCUCAAGAAAUACGACACACUUGGCUACAUAUAGGCAAUGUUGUGCAAUGCUAAUAGGGAAAAUGUAAAGUUUUGACAUUGACGUUGUAGUCUGUAAAUAUUAACAUUCAAAAUGAAGACUUAAACUGAAGUUUUUCUAACAGUUCUGUACAUGAAAAUUAGCAACAUUUAUCUUUAAUGUGGAGGAAAUUAUUUUUCUCAUUAUGUAAUGGUUGGUUUAUAUGGGUUCUAAGGUCUUUAGUCCAAUGAGAGUAAAGAAAUGCAGUGUUAUUAUUUAGAAUCAAUAUAUGAAAUAUCGGUUUUCAUUGUUUGUGUGUUGACUUUGGAGCCCGACCCUAAACAUAACACCCCCAACCUUCAAUUACAUCAGCAUUUCAUAUAUUGUAUAAGCAAGUGAACUGUUGUCAAUGCAUAUUAUUGCAAAUCAGUUCUGAGGUCAAUAGAAUUUAUUAAUUUUGUCUUAAUAUUUAUAGGUUAUAUUUUUGAGUCAUUUUCUUAGUCAUUUUUGACUAGCAUACAAUGUUUAAAAAUGAAUAAAAUGAUUUCCUCACCUGAUCUUUGCUUUGUGGCCUCACCAGUGUCUCGUCAUGUAAAGUGCUGCUUUGGAAUAAUAAUAAUAAUAAAUAAUCACAGCUGUGUUCUCGCAAAAUUAUGUUUAGCAAUACCUCCCGCUCUUGAACAAUUCAAGACUAUGCUGUGAAAAGUUUAAUACACAACACUGGUUCUGCACAUUCUUUGCAUGCAUAUAAUAUAUCUAUACAGUACUGUGCAAAAGUCUUAGGCACACAAGAUGUCUUAAGAUGGUUAUUUAUAUUUUCAGCUUUCGUGUCAAUAGGAAAUUUACAUUUAUGCAUUUUGCAGACGCUUUUAUCCAAAGCGACUUACAGUGCCAUUAUUACAGGGACAAUCCCCCCGGAGCAACCUGGAGUUAAGUGCCUUGCUCAAGGACACAAUGAUGGUGGCUGUGGGGAUCGAACCAGCAACCUUAUGAUUACCAGUUAUGUGCUUUAGACCACUACACCACCACCACUCCUAUAUACAAAGUUUUGAUUACACGACACAGAUUUAGGUGUUGUUUCAACUUAAAGAUUUUAAAUGGUCUGCAUAUAGCUUUUAUUGCGCCUUUUUAACCUUGCAGUAUUCGAAGUGCUUUACACUGCAUCUCGUUCACACAUUCACAGCAGAGCUGCCAUGCAAGGCACUAGCCUGCCAUUGGGAGCAACUUUUGGUUCAGUGUCUUGCCCAAGGACACUUCGGCAUGUGGAGUCAUGUGGGCCGGGAAUCGAACCGCCAACCCGUGCUACCAGCUGAGCCACAGCCGCCCACAAUAUAAUUUGAGUAACAAAAUCACUACAUAAAAACAAUAUUUUUUUUGUGUUCAGUAGACUGUUAAAUGAUAUGCUAAGUGCGCAAUAUAUUUGUUGUUAAUUGAACUUGAGCACAUUAGGCUUUAUGUGUUUUAUAUAGCUUAGUACAUUUAACUCAAAAAUGAAAACUUGUUGACAUAACAUUAAAAAAUAUGUGCAACUAACAUGAUGUGUUUUUGUGUCAAGUGAGCAUAACGUCUUUAUGUUGUUUUGACAUUUCUGACCAUUUUUGUAGACUACACUAAAGUUUUGUCUCAUAGAUGAGUUGGGAUUUACAGUGACAGCCGAAAUAGAUAGAAGAACAGAGGCAAAUUGUCCAAGAAGCUUGGAACAUCCUGUCCAGGUGUAUCUAGGAGAAUUAGUGCUGUUUUGAAGGCAAAGUUGGUUACACCAAAUAUUGAUUUAGCUUUUAUGUUUACUGGACUUUGGAUGAUGUUAAUUGAUCAAUCCAAACUAUUUAUGGAGACAUCCUCACUAUGCAACAUUCUUCCCAAGUGCCUAAAACGUUUGCACAGUACUGUAUGGAUGUGUGUGUGCGUGUGUGUGUGUGUGUGUGUAUACAUAUAUAUAUUUUUUUUUUUUUUGUGGCUAGGUCUGGUUAAAAGUUUGUGCUUGAAAGAAUAAUUGAUUUUCCAGAAGUUUUCCAGUUUCGGAUUGGAUAUGUUAUCUUGGUGACAUUUGCUUCUAUCACUCCACUGCUUACUGCACAGAUAUUGCACACUUUCCACAGUCUGCUUGGCCGAGAGACGGCUACAACUUAAUUAGUCUGUUUCUGGCUUCAUCAAGCCAUAAUGUUAUUUGUACAGUACAAUAAAGAUAUGUACAGCAACAUGACUGGAAUGGUUUAUAACGUACUCAAUACUACCUUGAUAUAUAUUUACAUUUGGAGUUUACAAACGUUCUUUAUGGUGUAAAUAAUAAAUAGGUUUUUACAUUUCUGUAAUAAGUUAUCACAAUACAGUAAGCUACAGUAUGCUAAUUGACA